AUGGAUUGCCAUAACGCUCAGAGUUGCGUUUCGGGGAAUGAAAUGCUGAGCAGACGACGGUCGUGGGGGGAAGCUGCGACUCGGACCACGACGGACGAAGACCAGGAUAGCAAUAGUAGCAGCAGCACCUAUGACGACGACUAUUCUUCGACGUCAUACGACGACUACAGCGAUGACUCUAGUACUAGUAUAGACGAUACGACGACGUCUACCACCACGAGUUCUUCUUCUUCGUUUGGGGACAGCGACGCGUUGCUACAUUGUCGGGACGAUGUAGCUUUGUAUAACGACGACAGCGAUAGCAGCGACGAUACCGAGGACGACGUAUACAGCGGAGAACGUGUCACAUUCGCCCCGGGCGACGAGGGUGGUGAGCGACGCCGUAACAACAGCAGAGAAGGCAAGUGGACCCAGACCCAUGGAGGAGACCACCCCAACAUCUCCGAGGCAGUUGAAAUGUUCCAGCUGGUGCAGUCCAACACCGAGGAUAGCGUAGCGCGUCUACGUGUACAUCCACAAGCACUACCACGCAGGCGGCGAUACCGAGUUAUCAACAGACGGAUUGCGGAACUGAAAGAUGACCUGAGGAACGGACACCUGUCUGAGAUUGUGUACACCGAUCAUGUCUCGGAGGUUCUUCAUCUUGAAUAA